AGCUUUAGAGCAAAAUUUAUUCAAGAUAAUAUUUAUCAUGUGUCUUUAUGUACCAGGAAUGAGAAUACAAUGGUGAACAGACAGAAAAGUCUCUGGUUUCCUGUAGUGGGCAUUCCAGGAGCAGAAUGGCGUCAUAAUUCAUUUACUCUAUAAGUCAGAGAGAAAAAUGAUGGCACGAACUGCAAGGGAUUUGUGUGUAAAAUUUGACAGUAAGAAAAAGAAACUGGAAGGGAAUACGCAUUUGCCAUGUUCUAUAAUAUGCCACAGACAUUGUAACAAAAUAUUUCAUGUCAGUUACUUCCAUUUAGGAAAUACAUGUUCAUUAUUUUCUUCAAACUAAGAAUUACUUUAUCCCUCUUUUCUUUGAAGUUAUCUUAAAUCUGUUAUUAUUCAGGGUCUCUAUCCAACUUCUCAUCAAAUUACCCUAUUUGUAGCUUCCAAACGUUAACACCUCUCUGCUGAAAUGGAGCCUACAAAAAGCCUUAGUGGCAUAAACUGUGUGUGAGGGAGAAAUGGUAUUUAAGCCCUUAAUGAAGUUAGGAGCUUUCAAACUGUUGCACUUUGGGUUUACAGGAUCCUUCCUCCAUGUCCUUUUUUUUGGGGUGCGGAAGGAUUUGGGAGAGUGGGAAACACUCUCACUAUAUAUUUAUUACAUUAAUUAUCUUCUCUUUUAAAAUGCAAUUUUCAUGAACUGGCGAUUUAUGAACACUUCACAUUGCUUGAAAGCAUCUUACACUUUUUUUUUUCCGUCAACUCACAAGGCAGUUUCUUUCUACUGGUCGAAUUCUCAAGGCAGAAAGGCUACAUAAGUCCCUCGUUUCUUCACUAAUUGUUCUCUAGAAAAGGGAAAGUGAAGAAGGGAAAGAGAAAAGACAACGGGGAAGAAAAGAGCAUAGAGGAGAGAGGAAAAGUGGGGAGAGAAAGGAAGAAAAGGACUGAGAAAACGCAGGAGCCCUGGCUUGCCGGUGAGCAGACCCGGCGCAGCCACAGCGCGGAGCCGGGGCGCCCACUGGUCCUCGGAGCUGCCAAUCGGCGUAUAAUCCUGUAGGAAUUUCUCCCGGGUUUAUCUGGGAGUCACACUGCCGCCUCCUCUCCCCAGUCGCCCAGGGGAGCCCGGAGAAGCAGGCUCGGGAGGGAGGGAGCCGGUGGAAAAGAAGAGGAGGAGAAGGAGGAGGACCCGGGGAGGGAGGUGCGGCGCGGGAGGAGGAGGGGCGCAGCCGCGGAGCCAGUGGCCCCGCUUGGACGCGCUGCUCUCCAGAUACCCCCGGAGCUCCAGCCGCGCGGAUCGCGCGCUCCCGCCGCUCUGCCCCUAAACUUCUGCCGCAGCUCCCUUUCAAGCCAGCGAAUUUAUUCCUUAAAACCAGAAACUGAACCUCGGCACGGGAAAGGAGUCCGCGGAGGAGCAAAACCACAGCAGAGCAAGAAGAGCUUCAGAGAGCAGUCUUGCCGGAGCACCAACUCCGUGUCGGGAGUGCAGAAACCAACAAGUGAGAGGGCGCCGCGUUCCCGGGGCGCAGCUGCGGGCGGCGGGAGCAGGCGCAGGAGGAGGAAGCCAGCGCCCCCGAGCCCCGAGCCCGAGUCCCCGAGUCCCCGAGCCCGAGCCGCAAUCGCUGCGGCUACGCUGCUCCGGAUUCGUGUGCGCGGGCUGCGCCGAGCGCUGGGCAGGAGGCUUCGUUUUGCCCUGGUUGCAAGCCGCGGUUGGGAGCAGCCGGUCCCUGGGGAAUAUGCGGCGCGCGUGGAUCCUGCUCACCUUGGGCUUGGUGGCCUGCGUGUCGGCGGAGUCGAGAGCAGAGCUGACAUCUGAUAAAGACAUGUACCUUGACAACAGCUCCAUUGAAGAAGCUUCAGGAGUGUAUCCUAUUGAUGACGAUGACUACGCUUCUGCGUCUGGCUCGGGAGCUGAUGAGGAUGUAGAGAGUCCAGAGCUGACAACAUCUCGACCACUUCCAAAGAUACCGUUCACUAGUGCUGCUCCAAAAGUGGAAACCACGACGCUGAAUAUACAGAACAAGAUACCUGCUCAGACAAAGUCACCUGAAGAAACUGAUAAAGAGAAAGUUCACCUCUCCGACUCAGAAAGGAAAAUGGACCCAGCCGAAGAGGAUACAAAUGUGUAUACUGAGAAACACUCAGACAGUCUGUUUAAACGGACAGAAGUCCUAGCAGCUGUCAUUGCUGGUGGAGUUAUUGGCUUUCUCUUUGCAAUUUUUCUUAUCCUGCUGUUGGUGUAUCGCAUGAGAAAGAAGGAUGAAGGAAGCUAUGACCUUGGAGAACGCAAACCAUCCAGUGCUGCUUAUCAGAAGGCACCUACUAAGGAGUUUUAUGCGUAAAACUCCAACUUAGUGUCUCUAUUUAUGAGAUCACUGAACUUUUCAAAAUAAAGCUUUUGCAUAGAAUAAUGAAGAUCUUUGUUUUUUGUUUUUUUCAUUAAAGAGCCAUUCUGGCACUUUAAUGAUUAAAUCCUAUUGUAUUUAAAACAUUUCGUGUAUUUCUUUAGAACAACAUAAAAUUAAAAUUUAACAUCUGCAGUGUUCUGUGAAUAGCAGUGGCAAAAUAUUAUGGUAUGGAAACCGUCGAUGUUCAUGGAAUUGGUUUAAACUUUUAUGCGCAAAUACAAGAUGAUUGUCUUUUUCCUAUGACUCAAAGAUGAAAGCUGUUUCAUUUGUGUCAGCAUGUCUCAGAUUGACCUUACCAAGUUGGUCUUACUUUGUUAAUUUAUCUGUUGUCCCCUUCCUCUUCUCUGCCCUCCCUUCUUGGGCCCUUAAAACCAAACCCUAUGCCUUUCGUAGCUGUCAUGGUGCAAUUUGUCUUUGGAAAAUUCAGAUAAUGGUAAUUUAGUGUAUAUGUGAUUUUCAAAUAUGUAAACUUUAACUUCCACUUUGUAUACAUUUUUAAGUGUCAGACUAUCCAUUUUACACUUGCUUUAUUUUUCAUUACCUGUAGCUUUGGGCAGAUUUGCAACAGCAAAUUAAUGUGUAAAAUUGGAUUAUUACUACAAAACUGUUUAGUCAUAUCUAUCUAAUCAGAUCUUCUUUUGGGAGGAUUUGAUGUAAGUUACUGACAAGCCUCAGCAAACCCAAAGAUGCUAACAGUAUUUUAAGAAGUUGCUGCAGAUUCCUUUGGCCACUGUAUUUGUUAAUUUCUUGCAAUUUGAAGGUACGAGUAGAGGUUUAAAGAAAAAUCAGUUUUUGUUCUUAAAAAUGCAUUUAAGUUGUAAACGUCUUUUUAAGCCUUUGAAGUGCCUCUGAUUCUAUGUAACUUGUUGCAGACUGGUGUUAAUGAGUAUAUGUAACAGUUUAAAAAAAAAGUUGGUAUUUUAUAAGCACAGACAAUUCUAAUGGUAACUUUUGUAGUCUUAUGAAUAGACAUAAAUUGUAAUUUGGGAACAUAAAAACUACUGAAUAAAUCAUGUGGCCUAAUAUUGAAAA